AUGAAUCAGAGCAACAUAAACGACACAAUGAUGGACACUGCUGACAACAUCUAUGAGGUUUAUAAUGGAACAGAAGUUGCAAUCACCUACGAUGGUGAAAGAUGGCUUUAUGAUAAUAUACUAAAGGUUUCAACAUGGCUGAUGUUCACCAUCGGUCUCGUCCUGACGCCCAUCGCCAUCUUUGCUGUUUCCUCUCUGGUGAAGAAAGACAACGUUGCUCCGAUCUUCGUCAUCAACCUCCUGGUUUCUGACGUCAUUCAGCUCUGCUCCAUGAUCAUUGUGCUGACAGGACAAGAAACUGUCACUAUUAUUGGGGAAUGCAUGUACGUCUUCGGUGUUUCAGCCAGUGUGUACUUCAUGCUGUGCAUCGCUCUGGAAAGGUAUCUGGUCAUCGUCUGGCCGCUGUGGUACCGAACCAGACGAACAGUCAAGAUGUCGCUGCUGCUCUGUGCUGCGGUCUGGACUCUGGCUUUGGUUUUUGCCUUUUUUGAUAAAUGGGAUGCUUCUAUACAGGGUAAAUUGCACCAUACCAUCUCUUGUGUCCUCCUCCUCCUCCCGUUCCCUCUGCUCGUGUUCUUCCUGGUUGGGACCCUUAGAGCUUUGUCUGCCUCCAUCAGUGUUCGUGCUGAGGAAAAGAGGAGAAUUGUUGGACUUCUGGUUCUGGUGUUGCUGAUUUACACACUGCUCUUUCUGCCUUUGAUCAUUUUUAACUUUCUUCCUGAUGAUAAGCGGAAAUUUGUUGCUGUCCUUUUCAUUGAACUCAAUCCCAUUGCUGACUUCUUCAUGUACAUCUUCCUCAGAAAAGAGGCUGUGAACCAGGUUUGGUUCUGUCUCUGUUGUUGCAGAAAGAACAGAACUAGUCGUCAGUCGUCCAGUGGUUUGAAUGAUUGUGACACAGUCACAGGUUUGUAGUCAGACAAUGAAACACUGGGAAACAUUCUUGGCUUGUAGUUUUCAUCUUUUGUUAAAUAUUUAGUUUUGAUGAGUGUAGAGCUGUAGUAUCUGUUCAUGUGUGGAAACAUUUUGUUUGUUUGCUGGAUUUUGAGUGUUUUAGCCAAAAAUAAAGGAACAUUUGUCAUUUCUUAAUUAAUUCCAAAUUAAAACUGAACAGUUUGAUUCGU